UUUUGGCUGGGAGAGACCCUAAGAAAGACUGCCCUUUCUGGACGUUGCCGACUGGGACAUAUAAAAGCUGUUAGCUGCUCCUGUAGCCAGCAGCAUUCAAACCUUGCAGGCUUUUUCUCUCAGAGUUUGUAAUAAGACACACUCCUCUUACAAGAGUUCAUACUACAACUUAGCAAAGACUUUACAUUUUUGGAAGAACAAAAUAUUCAUUUUGGCAUUGUGCAGAGCAAAGGGAACUCCGUGCCUUCCCCCAGCCUCAAAAUGCCAGCAACCUCUGCCGUGAGCGGCGCGCUCCUGUUCUCCCUUCUGUGUGAGGCAAGUGCUGUUGUCUUACUCAAUUCCACUGACUCAUCCUCGCCAACCAAUAAUUUCACUGAUAUUGAAGCCGCUCUGAAAGCUCAGCUCCAUUCUGCGGACAUCCCCAAAGCCAGGCGGAAGCGCUACAUUUCGCAAAAUGACAUGAUCGCCAUCCUUGACUAUCAUAACCAGGUCCGGGGCAAAGUGUUCCCGCCGGCCGCCAACAUGGAAUACAUGGUUUGGGAUGAAAAUCUUGCAAAAUCUGCUGAGGCCUGGGCCGCCACCUGCAUUUGGGAACAUGGACCUUCUUACUUACUGAGAUUUUUGGGCCAAAAUCUCUCUGUGCGAACUGGAAGAUAUCGCUCUAUUCUCCAGUUGGUCAAGCCAUGGUACGAUGAAGUGAAAGACUAUGCUUUUCCGUAUCCCCAGGACUGCAACCCCAGAUGUCCAAUGAGAUGUUUUGGCCCCAUGUGUACACAUUAUACACAGAUGGUUUGGGCCACCUCCAAUCGGAUCGGAUGUGCGAUUCAUACUUGCCAAAACAUGAACGUGUGGGGAACUGUGUGGCGCCGUGCAGUGUACCUGGUGUGCAACUAUGCCCCCAAGGGCAACUGGAUUGGAGAAGCGCCAUAUAAAGUAGGGGUACCAUGUUCAGCUUGUCCUCCGAGUUACGGGGGAUCUUGUACUGACAACCUUUGUUUUCCGGGAGUAACAUCAAACUACCUAUACUGGUUCAAAUAAGCUUAUCUGCUCUUCCAGGAAGUUGAAUGCUUUCUGGGAAUCAUAGGUCUAUAUAUAUAUUGAGUUUUGCACAUAUUAUACAUAUUUUAUAACAAUCUUGUUUUCCUUUUAUUAGUCCUUGUAUAAAUUAGUGUUUGUCUAGUAUGUUUGUUUAAUCUUUUGAGGUCAUCAGAACAUCCAUUUCUAUUUUCUGAUCUCUAACCCUAAAUUAAAAUAUUGUAUAGGUAGUAUUGAUAUCGUUGAUGCAUCCACUUCUAAAACUUGCUUUCCAAAAGAAUUAUAUUAUGUUCCUACGGCAUAAAAAAUCUAGUUGAUCUGUAGGGUAUGUGUGUGCAUAUAUAGACAUACACAUGUAUAUGCAUUUAUAUGUCCAUAUUUACACACACAAACAUAAUAGAUGAUGUAACACAUUGAUAAUUAUAUGAUUCAGUAGUAAACUGAAGGGAAACUUAAAAUAUUCUAUUCAAAAUAUAUGUGAGGUGGUGGGACAUGUCCAGCAUCCACCUCUGUAAUACACAAAAUAAUAGUUUGCAAAAUAACCCUCAGUGAUAUCUGGAUAUAAUAAAUUAAUUAAGCAAUCCCAGAUUUCAUUCUGGAGACAUUUUUUCUUAUUUAGGUUUACGAAAGGUUAUGCUCCAACUAUGUAAGCUUCAAGUCCUACCUUUUACUUAAUCUCUUCUGGUUAUGUUCUCAUAAUGCAAAGAUAAUGAGAUUCGGUUCCUGCCUUCAGAAGCUCACAAAAAUAUUCAGGAAAUGAUACAGCCCAAUGAUUUGGCUGCACAAUUAUUAUUUUUUAACGAAUGGAUGUUCAUGGAGCUGUGAGGAAGUGAACACAAUAGCGAUGUCCGCCUGUAGGUGGAACAGGGGAUAAGCCACACUGUGGGGUAGGUAAGGCUCCUGAUCAGCGUGGAAUUUUAGCUGCCGUGCUUGGAACCAGAAGAGGCAGGAAGGAAUUAACAACUGCCCAGAAGGCACUGGAUUGGAGUAGACAGUUGUGCCUUUGGCAGAAAGGCAGAAAGCUAGACCCUAAGAACACUGAAGAGGGCCAAGAGAAGUAAGACUGAGGAGACAGGUAUGAAAGUCACAAAAACUCCAGGUGCAGAGCUGCGGGAGGGCCUGUCCUGAGGGCCUGGGGUAUCGUGAGGUCUGUCCGCAGGAGGGAAAGGACCAGAAAGAAACACCUCUGUACCAAGGACACUCCACUGCUUCACUGUGAUCGUGGGACCUCGGGGCUCAUAUGAGAGACCCUGGGUGCCCACCACAGACGGCAAUGACGUGUUAAACAGCCCCCUUCAGAACGACUUUCUGAGGACGACUAUAUGUCUAUGUAGACGAAUACUUAUCAGUUGAGUUCUCAAUUAGGUUUGAUUGUGGAGCUCAAAAUUACCAUGAAAACUUCACUCGUGUGAUUUUGGAAAGGCAACAUUUCCUCAUUCAGGAAAUUGCUUUCAGAGGAAACUCAAUUAUCUGGGCCAAGACACUUAAUGCUAUAUACCGUAUGUGUGUGUGUGUGUGUGUGUGUGUGUGUGUGUGUGUGUGUGUGUGUGUGAGAGAGAGAGAGAGAGAGAGAGAGAGAGAGAGAGAGAGAGAGAGAAGAAAGAGAGAGAGUUGCUUAGGUUGUAUAAUACUUCCAUAGAAUUUCUGACUAAGAAAACAUGGUUAGUUCCAGAAUGCAAAUAACAGGAGGAAGCUACUUGUUUAAAAUUCCCUGCACACUUGCAGUCUCUUAGGGUGGCUGCACUGAGAGGAUAGAUAGUUAAUUAAAUCCAUUCAAUGCGGGAGAAAUGCCCACCUGGAGUUUUGAUGGACACGAUGACAAACAAUUGGCCUGCUUCCUGUUCCAAACUGGAUAUGGUGACCAAAUGUUUUGACAUCCUAUUACUCUGCUUCUGUGGGCACCUAUAUAGACUUUAUCAAAAAUACAUAUUUUGGGGACUUAAAUGAAGGAUAGAAAUGAUUAUAUGGUUCAGGCCCCAAUUCAAAUUUUAUCUAACAUGCAAUAGGCAGUUGGAGAGAAAUCUCAUUGGUAGGAUUUUGGCUUGAUUUCUGUAGAACGUGUUUUCCAUCCCUGAUUUUGCUGCACAGAAGUAGAAAAGUACUGUUCAACCAAAGAUGACCAUGCUUAGUUCCAAUUCUGCUACUGGUUUACUCGUGUAGCUUGGUUUCUUAGUUUUAAAAAUGAACAAUGAUACUUGCUUCACAUUUCACAGAGGUCCUUAGGAAGGUAAAAUUAUCAUAGUAAUAGGAUUUAUGAAGAUUAAAUUAUCAUUAAUGUGAAACUUUUCAUUAAAAGUAAGUUUUUUGUGAGCUUUUCCUUGGCAGAAACUCUAAUUCUUUGCAUUUAUCUCAGCUUCUUCUACGUUGGCUGUAAUGUAAUAAAUGUUUCUAUGAAUGGAUGUUCAGUAUUAACUAAAAACUCUAGAACUGCAACAAUUUAGAGGAAUCCCAACUUUUCAUGUUUUAUUAAGACAAAAAUGUCGUCAGUACAAAGCUUUGAAUGCAUCAAAAAUCCAGAUGAAUCAUCAGACAUAUCAGAUGAAGACUAAGGUCUACACACUUAUAACUUACUCAGCAGUCUGUUCCAAAUCAUGGCUAGAACUAAGUUUAUUUAUAAUUUAACAACUCAGCUGAAAACGUAACGGGUAUAUUUGUUUGUCUAUCUAUACUUUUUAAAGUUAGUAAUAUAAUGUGGCCAUGUAAAAUGUUUUAUUUCCCAGGCUAAAGCAAAUGACAGUUUGCUAGUAGCCUGUCAUAUUUUUACAGCAUGCAACGAAGGUGCUAGGAUAACAAUUUCUCACUGUAAUGCCCAGAAGGCAGGAAGGGUCUGGGGAUAAGCUAUUUCAUAAGAACAGCUUUAAACAGUCAGUAUUGAAGCUUUCAUUUCAAAAGGUUUCAUCCAAAAGAUACAGUAAUUGGCAUACAUAUUCUACAGCAUGGAUCCUCUCUAUGGCAUAGUUUUUUCAUUUCCACCUUUUUUUUUAGUAAAAAAGUAGAAAACAAAACCUGUCACAUUAUGUAUUUUUUGGCUUUCAUGUCAUAAAAAGACUGGGAAAAUGAUAAAUUUUGCUGUUAAACUGAUGGAUUCUUUAUAAAAUUGUAUUUGAGUUGCGUAGGCAACUGUCUUAAUGUUCCUGGUUAUGAUAGAUAAACUUGCUUUUACAAUGUGGCAGAACCAGCAUUUAUUAUCCCUUUUGCUUCUAUCCAGCAAUCAAAGUACCAUCACUUCUUUGAGCCAUCAGAGUGUCCCUACCAACUUCAUUUGCAAGUGAGGUCAUACUCACCGGAAACCAUGCAAACAGCCAUUUAAAGGCUCCAGGCAGCUUUGGCACAGAGUUGACCAAACACUGGAGGGCAAGUUCAAGCAAUACAAUUUACUCUGAACAUUUGAAUAAAAACCAUAUACAUAUACAUAUACACUCACACACACACACACACACACACACACACACACACACACACAUAUAUACACUCAUUAAUACAUGCUCUGUUAAAUCAACUUAUAACAUCUACAUAUCUACAUAAGCAAGUCUCGUACACAUUUAGGCCAGUUUAAGUGUUUUGUGUUCAUCCCCUGCUUAUUAUAUGAAUGAUAAGCUGAACAGGUCAUUUGA